UAAUCCAUUGCGUAACAAAUACUAUUUUCCAAAAUAUAUCUAAAAUGACUCAGAGAUCCAUCCACUGGUUCAGGAAGGGCCUCAGGUUGCAUGAUAAUCCAGCUCUGAUAGAGGCAUACAAGAAUGCGUCCCAUAUCUGGCCUGUAUUUGUUCUAGACCCAUGGUUUGCUGAGACAGCAAGGGUCGGUGUCAACAGGUGGAGAUUUUUGUUACAAACACUUCAAAAUCUUGAUGAUAAUUUGAGGAAAGUGGACUCUAGACUGUUUGUUGUUAGAGGUAGUCCUAAAGAUGUGUUUCCAAAGUUGUUUAAGGAAUGGGGAGUGACAAAGUUAACUUAUGAAGUAGACAUAGAACCUUAUGCAGUGGAGCGAGACAGUAUCAUUGAUGGUCUAGCAAAGGAUUCUGGGGUAGAGGUUGUCCGCUGUGUUUCCAAUACUCUAUAUGAUACUCAAAAAACAAUAUCUAAGAAUGGUGGAAAACCCCCAAUGACUUACCAGAGAUUUCAGACAGUGAUGUCACAGAUGGGAGCACCUGCUAAACCUGUAGCUGUUACAGAUGAUCUUAGAAAAGGCUGUAAAACCAUCAUUGGUAAAGAUCAUGAUAAGAAGUAUGGUGUACCAACCAUGGAAGAGCUAGGAAAGUCUGCUAAGGAUUGUGGGCCAUGUUUGUUCAAGGGUGGUGAAACUGAAGCCCUGGAGCGACUAGAUUUGAUGACAAAGAAAAGUAACUGGGUUUGUAACUUUGAGAAGCCUAAGACUGAGCCAAAUACACUAGAACCCAGCACCACUGUCCUUAGUCCAUACCUGAAGUUUGGAUGUUUGUCUCCAAGAACAUUCUAUUACCGUAUUAAUGAAGUCUACAAUGGAAAGAAACACAGUCAACCACCUGUUUCACUACUGGGUCAGUUAAUAUGGAGAGAGUUUUACUAUACUGUAGCUGCAGGAACCCCAAACUUUGAUAAGAUGGUAGGCAACUCUGUAUGUACACAAGUAGACUGGGACACCAAUGAUGAGUUCCUUGAAGCUUGGAAAAUGGGUCGCACAGGUUAUCCUUUCAUAGAUGCAGUAAUGACACAACUACGAGAGGAAGGUUGGAUCCAUCACCUUGGUCGCCAUGCUGUGGCCUGUUUCCUAACCCGAGGUGACCUUUGGAUCAGCUGGGAAGAAGGCAUGAAUGUGUUUGAAGAAUAUUUGCUAGAUGCAGAUUGGAGUUUAAAUGCUGGUAAUUGGAUGUGGCUGUCAGCAAGCGCUUUCUUUCACCAAUAUUUCAGGGUAUAUAGCCCAGUAGCAUUUGGUAAAAAAACAGACAAGAAUGGUGAUUAUAUCAGGAAGUACAUUCCAAAACUUGCCAAGUUUCCAGAAAAAUUUAUUUAUGAGCCAUGGACAGCCCCAAAAGCUGUCCAGGAAAAGUGUGGAUGUAUCAUUGGUAAAGAUUACCCUAAACCUAUAGUUGAUCAUGACGUAGCUAGGAAGAAUAAUAUAGCAAGGAUGGCUGAAGCAUAUGCUAGAAGAAAGGAAGGGAAAGAUUCCAAUGGUACCUCCUCGCCGAUGAAGAGAAAAUCAGAAAAUGAUUCAUCAGGAAAACCAAAGAAAAAAGCUAAAAAUACAGAGAUAACAGACUUUCUUAAGAAAAAGUAGAACAUGUAAUAUAAACAGUCCAGCAACUGAAAAACCCUACACAUUGUGAAAUAUCAGACAGCAGUUUUCAGGGAGACUUAAACUGCAUAUUUCUUUAUGGACAUUGAGUGUAAAGAGAAUGUUUAUAGGGGAAUAAAACUCUCAGCUAAUGAAGGAGACAAAGGUUAAUCUGACAGAUCAUAUAGAUGAUCUUAUAUAAGUAAAUAGAGACUUGUUUGAAAGAUACAGAAAUAUAUAAAUGUUCAGAAUUCUCAGAUUCUAACAUUGUGAAGCAUUGUACAUACUGGUACAUUAGAAAGUUUCUUUAAUAAAGGACAGUAAUUGCAUUGUUGUAACAUACGAUAUAUAGUUUUCAAAAGAGCCGCGUCAUGACAAAACCAACAUAAUGGGU